UGUUCUAGAAGUGGGUUCUUGAAACCAUUGAUGGUGCAAGUAUGUUCUGCUUUGACACUUUGCCCACCCACAUUUUCACGAAGUCUUCCUGGAGAACUCAGCAUUGAGUCAAAAUUCCCUACUUUCAUUGUGUAUUUUUCAUUAGCUUCUGCAAUCAGGUCCUGAUUUGCUCGCAACCGUGUUUUAGUCCUUAACUUACCAGCCCUUCUGCUUUUCCUUGAAAGAUUUUGGUUUACAGGUUUUAGUUCAGUCCGUCUAUUUUAGAUCAAAUCUCUAUUUUCAGUUUUCUGCUUGAAGAGACCCCAUGCCAACACGUGCAAAUAAAACUUCCCUCUGUGCUCAUAGUAUGAUAGCAGCUGAAAGGCUGGGCUGUGGGAGGUUUCUCAUCCCUGACAAGUGUUCUCAGACUUUAGUGUUAGAGGAAGUAGAGCUGGGGUGUGGUUAAAUUGUAUCACGACUUUAAAGAUAGGGACCCAGAAACACUGUUUGAUUCUGGAGUUUGCAGGAUUAGAUGUAAAAUUUACCUUUGUCUCUCUUCCUCUCCUAUCCCCCACUCCCCUUUAAAGUUACUAUUUUGGGAGUUGCUUUUCAUUUGUCAGGCAGUUUCUCAUUUAAGCAUGACAACAAUUCCAGGAGUUAUUUUUAUCACCAUUUUACAGAUGGCUAAACGGAAGCUUGAAAAGAAACGGCAGCUUGGAGGCUGUGUCAUAAUUUGAAUGUGGCUCUCUUUUUUUCAUAUCCCCACAAGAUUAAUUUCCUACUCUGUUGAAAUAAACUGAAUACCUAUGUGAUACUUUAAAAAUUGAACUACCCCCUUGGCUAAUUAUUAGAGACAGCUACAGCCUGAUAUAUUUUUAAUCUUUUUAAAUUUAUAUAUAUAUAUACUUAAAUGAUUUAUUUAUUUUAGAGAGAGAGAGAGAGAGCAGGAGCAAGGGGAGGGGCAAAGAGAGUGUGGAGCGUGAUUCAUGGCCUAUCCCAGGAGCCUGAGAUCAUGACCUGAGCCGAAAUCAAGAGUCAGCUGCCUAAUCAUCUGAGCUACCCAGGUGCCCCGGUAGCUUGGUAUCUGAGAUUCUCAUGGAGAACUGUUAUUGAGGAGAGAUCCAUUUGUUGGGAUGUAACUAAAAAAGGAAUGAAUCAAGAUAAAACCUCUAAAUGCAAGCACCAGAAAAAUUACAACACAUCUUGGUGAAUUUGCAAGUGGACUGUCUUUCCUUGUGGGUUGGCACGCAGUUGUAGGACUGCAGAAUGGGUCUCCGGAUUCACUUUGUUGUUGACCCACAUGGUUGGUGCUGCAUGGGUUUGAUUGUCUUUGUCUGGUUAUACAAUAUUGUUUUAAUUCCCAAAAUUGUCCUCUUUCCUCACUAUGAAGAAGGACAUAUUCCAGGCAUAUUAAUAAUAAUGUUCUAUGGCAUUGCCGUAUUUUGUCUGGUUGCUUUAGUGAGGGCCUCAUUUACUGAUCCAGGAAGACUCCCCGAGAACCCUAAGAUUCCACACGGAGAACGGGAGUUCUGGGAAUUAUGUAACAAAUGUAAUUUGAUGAGACCAAAGCGUUCCCAUCACUGUAGCCGCUGUGGCCACUGUGUUAGGAGAAUGGAUCAUCACUGUCCAUGGAUUAACAAUUGUGUGGGUGAAGACAAUCAUUGGCUUUUUCUGCAGUUGUGUUUCUACACAGAACUUCUUACUUCCUACGCACUGAUGUUUUCUUUCUGCCACUAUUAUUACUUUCUUCCAGUAAAAAAGCGUAACUUGGACCUCUUUGUUGUUAGACAUGAAUUGGCCAUAAUGAGACUAGCUGCCUUUAUGGGCAUUACUAUGUUAGUUGGAAUAACUGGACUUUUUUAUACUCAACUAAUUGGCAUCAUCACAGAUACAACAUCUAUUGAAAAGAUGUCAAACUGUUGUGAAGAAAUAUCGAGGCCCCGAAAGCCAUGGCAGCAGACCUUCUCAGAAGUUUUUGGCACUCGUUGGAAGAUCCUGUGGUUUAUUCCUUUCAGGCAGAGGCAACCACUGCGAGUUCCCUACCACUUUGCCAAUCACGUCUAAACAGAUGGAUGGUGGGCACAGAUGGGUCCUCCAUGCUGGAAAUGCGUUACAGGUUUUCUGAUAAUAGAACUAUGACAGUCUUCAAGUCAAUUAAAAUCCACCCACCAAUCUUAGGCAUCAUAAUGUGCCCCAGGCUUUAUUUUAAUAGUGAUCUUGAUCUGUUGUGGGACUAAUACGAGAUCUAUAUUUAAGUUUUAAAGCAUGUUUACUUUCAAAUUAGCUUUCCCCAGGGAUUUCUUUAAAUGCUUUUGUGAUUAGACCCCAAAGGCAGUGAUUGAAAUAAAAUAAUUGUACAUAUUUUUUUUUAGUACCGACAAUGUUACAGAUUUUAAUUUAUGGGAAAUUUCAGACGUUUAUUUAGAUUUUUUCACUCUUAAGCAGUACUAACCAAAUUUGAAUUUAAUUCUUCGGGUUUACAAAAGUUGAUACAUCUUAUAUUAUAUGUAAAUUUUCUUUUUUCAAAUACAUCAUAAUUUAAAUAGCAGUACUGCCUUUUAUAUGUGCUGCAGGAUUUUCUUAAUGCAGUAUGGAAUUGAACAACAACAAAAAACCAAAAACAACAACAGAAAAAGGGCAGUGUUUUCUUAGAAGUAGCUCUCUAAUGUUUUCUGUUUUUCUCUCUGCCAAAAACGAAUUAAAAACACCACUAAAAUAAAACACCAACUACCUACCUUAUUUUAAAGGGAAGGUGAAUUUUUUUCCAUAUUAACUUUCCCACUUCUUUUCCCUGUACUGAUGUAAUUAUUGGUUGUUGUUAAAGUAAUUGCUCCAAGGCAGAAUUUUUGACCACACGGGCAUGUAUUCUGUUUUACCCUAAGAUUUUGAUGAGCAAAAGGGUAGAGAAUUUGCAGUAAUUCCCCAGGUACCUUUUCCAGUACAGUUAUAUUAGAAUGCAUAUGUUUUUAAAAUGCUAGUGUACUACAUAGUGUACAAUGUACAAUAUAAGGAGGAAUAUUGUGCUUUUACAACACACACGUGGAUAUAUAUACUUUUUACUUUUAUUUACCUACUAGUCGGUCCAAAAUUACACAUUGAAGGUUUAUAUGUAAUAGAUAUUGGCCAACUAAGUAAUGAAAUUUUAUUUAUAGGAAGUUGCUAGUAAAAGUAAGUAACCUUUGUGUACCUAUAAUCACCCAAAUUGAAAUGAAAUUUUAAUCGGCCAACUGUAAAUUUGGAUUGAGAGACCUUUUGUUAGUAGCUAAUGUUAAGAAAUGACCUUACAACAAGAAAACGUAAUUAUCUAUAUUUAUCAUUAGCUUAUACAAAUUUAAGUUGCAAUGGGGAUGGUCUCUUGGAAAGCAUAGAAGAUUUGUGUGAAAAGACAUUUAGCAUGCUUUGAAAAAUUCAGCUUUUACAUUUUUUUCCAUUAGAAUACUGCAAAAUCCAUAUAUGUUUUUAGAAAAUGUAUGUACUCACAGUCUUUGCCUUGAAGAGAAGAUUGAAGGGGUCUGCUGUUCUUGGAGCAUAUCAAUAUUUUCCUUUUAGUUAGUUUUGAGAGUCAGGAGUCACACCUGAGAAAUCAUGAAACCGAACAUUUCCAUUGUCAUCCAGUUAACUAUACUGUAGUUAGUUCUUUCAGGAAUUGUAAAUAUCUUCUAAGAUAAUUGAAUAAGCUGUUCUCAGAGAUAUAAAUACCAUGUCUUUUA